GAGAGAGGCAUUUGGGAUUUUCAGGCUGUGUGGCUUUUGCCUUUUGGUAACUGAAGAAAGAAAACAAAGAAGGAACCUCAUCAAGAAGAAGAACAACAACAACGAAUCGAAACGGUGUCGUUUCACUCGCCGAUCGCACCUCAACUCCGUUCGCGUUCAACUCUCCGAUCGUUCUUCUCUGCUGUCUUCCGGUGUGGGGGAUGAAGAACCAGCUUUGAAACGGAUGAAAUUUUCCUCGAAAGGAAAAAUUGGUUUGUCUAACGGCUGUUCUUCUGUGGAGCCUGUUGGUGGAGGCUUGUGCAGCGACUUGAUGGCUCGGCCCCUGCCGUCCGAAGGGGACGAACAAGUUAUUGGCUCCAAAGGUCUAGAGGAGGAGUCUGGGAUACCUCUACACUCGGCUGCUGUGAAUCUGUUUAUGCAGCAAAUACUUGAUGGGAAUUGGGAUGACAGUGUAGCUACAUUGCAUAGGAUUGGUCUAGCGGAUGAAAGCAUUGUUAGGGCGGCCUCGUUUUUAAUAUUGGAGCAGAAGUUCUUUGAACUUCUAGAUGGGGAAAAGGUCAUGGAAGCAUUGAAGACACUGAGGACAGAGAUUGCUCCACUUUGCAUUAAGAAUAGUAGAAUCCGUGAACUUUCUUCCUGCGUAGUCUCUCCAUCUCCUAGGCGAGAUGUUGCAAGGGUGAGGUCUAGGUCAAAGCUUCUGGAGGAAUUGAAAAGAAUGCUACCCCCGACUGUAAUGAUACCUGAAAAGAGAUUAGAGCAUCUAGUUGAACAAGCCCUUAUGGUGCAACGAGAGGCUUGCCCCUUCCACAACUCAUUGGAUAAGCAGAUGUCAUUAUAUUCGGAUCAUCAUUGUGGGAAAGCUCAGAUACCUUCUAAAACAUUACAGAUAUUAGAAGCACAUGAUGAUGAAGUCUGGUUUGUACAAUUUUCACACAAUGGGAAGUAUUUAGCUUCUGCAUCAAAUGAUCGAUCUGCAAUAAUUUGGGAGGUUGGCAUGAAUGGCGAGCUCUCCGUAAAGCACAAACUAUCUGGUCAUCAGAAAUCUGUUUCUUCUGUCUCAUGGAGUCCUAAUGACCAAGAGCUACUCACAUGUGGAGUGGAGGAGACUAUCAGGCGUUGGGAUGUCUCCACUGGUAAGUGCAUCCAAAUUUAUGAAAAAGCUGGGGUUGGCUUAGUCUCCUGUACGUGGUUUCCAAGUGGGAAAUAUAUACUUUCUGGCUUAAGCGACAAAAGCAUUUGUAUGUGGGAAUUAGAUGGGAAAGAAGUGGAGUCUUGGAAAGGUUCAAAAACCCUUAAGAUUUCUGACUUGGAAAUAACGGGUGAUGGGGAAGAGAUUAUAAGUAUUUGUAAAGACAAUGCCGUGCUGUUGCUCAACAGAGAAUCAAAAGAUGAGAGAUUUAUUGAAGAGUAUCAGACAAUAACAUCCUUUUGUUUAUCAAAGGAUAGUAAUUUCUUGUUGGUUAACCUUUUGAACCAAGAAAUACAUCUCUGGAACAUUGAAGGUGAACCUGAGCUUGUUGGCAAGUACAAAGGUCACAGGCGCAGCCGAUUUGUUAUCAGGUCUUGCUUUGGUGGACUUAAGCAAUCCUUCAUAGCUAGUGGAAGUGAGGAUUCACAGGUAUACAUAUGGCACAGAAGCUCAGGGGAGCUUCUAGAGGCAUUGCCUGGACAUUCAGGAGCUGUCAACUGUGUGAGCUGGAAUCCGGCGAACCCUCACAUGUUAGCCUCGGCUAGUGAUGACCGGACAAUCCGGAUAUGGGGCCUAAAUUGUCUGAAUGUAAAGUACCCGAAUGCACACAGCAAUGGCAUCCAUUACUGCAAUGGGGGAACAUAGAACAACAAAGUCAGACUCAUUUCAUUUGAUUUCUCUUUUCUUCUUUAUCAUUGCAAUUGUGUAAAUACCUUUACUUAUCACCACAAGUAGAGACAUUCAUAUCAAACAUGCUUGUGACUUUCCAUAUUUCUCACAAUAAAUCCAUGUUCUAUUUA